AUGCAGCAGAAGGGCUUGAGUGUGGAGCUCCCAUGCCAUUACAAAACCUCCGUCAACAAGAACUUCGUGCUGGAAUGGAAGUUUGCGCCUGGCUCAACUUCUCCUGAAAACGCCGAACAGAUGCUCUACUUCACAAACAACAAGCUCUACAAACCAGGCUCUCAGGCGGAACGGCUAAGCCUCCUUCAUGACCCACCCACUCUGGGGGAUGCAUCCCUUCGAUUAGUCAAUGUGCGUAAAUCUGACGCCGGCACCUACUUCUGUGAAGUAAAUGACCCUCCAGACUUCUAUGGAACUGGCUCUGGGCAUAUCAAUUUUGUAGUUUUAAUGCCUCCAUCCAGUCCAGUGUGCAAAGGGACUGCCUAUGCUCCCCUGGGGUCAGAUGCCACCUUGUCCUGCAGCUCUUCUGAAGAUGAACAAACUGGGAGCCUGCUGUUGACAAACGUCUCACAAGAAUUCUCUGGGACAUAUCAAUGUAUUGCCUCCAAUGAGUACGGUCAGGAAAGCUGCCAGAUAUCCCUCCAUGUGACAGGAGUGUCGAGUGCCAAGGAAAUGCCUGGCAUGAACCACGGCCCAAUCCGUCUCUGUCGCCUGACCGCCAUGAAGGAACUUGCGGAAUGUUCUGGCGUCCGCAGCCGCCUCAGCGACGACUCACAUCCCGUUUUUCUGCCUCGUCUCCCACUCAGGUCGGAGCCGCUCGUUUAA